AGAGCCACGCUGCUUCCCGGCCGAAGCCUCCGUCCGCGGCUCCGCGCCCACGGUUUCCAUUCCACCCCCCAGGCCCCAGGCUUGCGCCGACUCGCCACUUGUACCGCCGGCCGGUUUCGCCGAAGGACGAAACGCCUCGCGCGCGGAGACCUGCAUAUAAGCCGGCCGCGUGUCGUCCGGCGCUCCCGGUACAGGCGAUCCGUUCAUCAUCCGCUGCAAACCACCAGGCACCAGCUCCGCGCGCAGAGGCCGGAGGACUACGACCGACGAGGGCGACGAACACCAAGGCUCCGAAGUCCGAGGAGGCAGGAAGCGGGAGGACGUCGGGAAUGGGCGCUGCUCGUGACUCCGCGGCGGCGGGCCAGAAGCACGGCACCGGCACGCGGUGCGAGCUCUGCGGGGGCGCGGCGGCCGUGCACUGCGCCGCGGACUCGGCGUUCCUCUGCCUGCGCUGCGACGCCAAGGUGCACGGCGCCAACUUCCUGGCGUCCAGGCACGUGAGGCGGCGCCUGGUGCCGCGCCGGGCCGCCGACCCCGAGGCGUCGUCGGCCGCGUCCAGCGGCUCCUCCUGCGUGUCCACGGCCGACUCCGCGGAGUCGGCCGCCACGGCACCGGCUCCGUGCCCUUCGAGGACGGCGGGGAGGAGGGCUCCGGCUCGUGCGCGGCGGCCGCGCGCGGAGGCGGUCCUGGAGGGGUGGGCCAAGCGGAUGGGGUUCGCGGCGGGGCCGGCGCGCCGGCGCGCCGCGGCGGCGGCCGCCGCGCUCCGGGCGCUCGGCCGGGGCGUGGCCGCUGCCCGCGUGCCGCUCCGCGUCGGGAUGGCCGGCGCGCUCUGGUCGGAGGUCGCCGCCGGGUGCCGAGGCAAUGGAGGGGAGGAGGCCUCGCUGCUCCAGCGGCUGGAGGCCGCCGCGCACGUGCCGGCGCGGCUGGUGCUGACCGCCGCGUCGUGGAUGGCGCGCCGGCCGGACGCCCGGCAGGAGGACCACGAGGAGGGAUGGGCCGAGUGCUCCUGAGUUCCUGAUCCAGACGGGCCCACGUCCGUUGCUGCCGUGCCGCCGCUGCACCUGCACUGUGUACCGAGCCGGACCUCCGAGAUAGACUCGGGAGAAAAAUGUAACAACGUGUGGGCGACGUUUGUUUGUUUGUUCUUUUUCUUCUUAAUCAAAUAAAUAUAUCGUAGGCGUA